AUGACAAAAGAAAGCCGAUCAAGUAAAGUAGAAUCUUGUAGCACCAUGAAGGAGCAAGCUCUUGAAAGAGCAAGUUGUCCUCAAACUAAAAGGCCAUCCUUCACAGUCACUAUGCGUGUAGUGUAUACAACUGGCCGUUGCAAUUUUUGCUUGCCAUACAAGUUUGUGGAGAAGUACAUUAGUAAGAAAGAAUGUGAGGUAAGGCUUUGGGUUUUGGAUGGUAGAUCUUGGUUUGUCCAAUUAAGGAUGAGGCAAAGAAAUGUGUUACCCAGAGCUGAAUUGUUAAGCCAUGGCUGGAAAGCAUUCGCACUGGACAAUAGUCUGCGAGCGGGUGAUAUUUGCACAUUUGAACUUCCUAACAAUGGCAAUGAAAUUUCAUUUAAAGUUUCCAUUGUUAAGAUAGCUGAUGAUGCAUGUAACAAGCAAGUUGCAAAUAAGAGAAGAACAACUACACCAUCCAAGCGAAAGAGAAAUCCUUGUGUGAAAGUUGAAUCUUCUUUUAAUUAUGAUAAAGCCAACAUGAUUCCACAGAACCUGAUUGCAAAGAUAGAACAAGAGAAAAUUAAAGUUGAACCUUCAGACAGCUUUAUGAAGCUGACAUCUGAAGCAAAUACUGGUAAUCAAGGUACUUGUAAGAGGCCUUCAUCUUCUGGACUUAGCAGAGCUUCUGAAGCAGCCAGCCAAUUCUUCUCGAAAAAUCCUUACUUCCAAGUGAUUUUGCGAUCAAAUCACGUGCUUGGAUGUGUACUGCAUAUUCCAUGUACUUUUGGAGUGCAUUAUUUUGAGGAAAAGACACAAACUGAGAUGCUUUGGGUUGGUGAGAAAUAUUGGUAUGUGAAGUUAUUGGCUUAUAAAUCAGAUUAUAAAUUUUCUGUUGGGUGGGCUGCAUUUGCAAAAGGGAACUCUCUUCAGCCAAGAGAUGUAUGCAUCUCUGAGCUGAUUAAGAGAAAUCAAUCUGAGAUGAAAGUUUAUAUAUUUAGACAAAGUGGUUUGGCUCAAGAGUAG